AUGGAUGAGGAACCAACAGAUCCAUUGAUACUAGGAAGGCCAUUCCUAGCUACAGCAAGAGCAAUGAUAGAUGUCUGUGAAGGCACAAUUGAGCUGAACCUUGGGAAAGGACCUAAAGAUGAAAUGAGCUUUUGGAAGAGCUGUCUUUGGAAGAUCCCUACAAGUUGCUCUGACCAAGGAUCCAGAAGGAUAUUGAGCUCAGAAACCGAGGAUGAGCUCGAUCAAGAACUCGAUCGAGUCGGGCCUCGAACAAACGAACUCGAUCGAGCUGGAUACCGAUGCAAGGAACAAGCUCAAGGAGAUUGGUCUGAACUCAAGGCACCUAAGUCGACCUCAAACCUUUGCCUGAGGGCCUCAGUACAGAAAGCCAUAGGCUACACUCUAGAUGAUAUCAAGGGAAUCUCCCCUGACCUAUGCAUUCAUAGGAUUCAUCUAGAGGAUGAAAGUAAGUCUAGCAUUGAACCUCAAAGGAGAUUGAACCCCAAUCUAAAGGAAGUAGUGAAGAAAGAGAUACUCAAGUUGCUUGAUGCUGGGAUAAUCUAUCCCAUCAGUGAUAGCACUUGGAUAUCUCCAGUUCAUUGCGUCCCAAAGAAAGGGGGAUCACUGUCAUAA